CUGCCUUACCCAUUGUGGGAACCCUUUUGCACAUAACCCUGCAGAACCCCCGAAAGACUUUGAGAGAGAGUGAUUUUGGCAGAUUACGGUCCCAGCUGGAAGGAGCAUCGUCGCUUUGCUCUGAUGACUCUGAGAAACUUUGGGAUGGGGAAGAAUUCAAUGGAAGAUAGAAUUCAUGGAGAGAUGCAGUACAUCAUAAAAACAUUGGAGGAGAGCGUUGGCAAAUCUUUCAGUCCUCAAGUCAUGUUUCAUAAUGCAGCUUCCAACAUCAUCUGCCAGGUUCUGUUUGGUACACGCUUCGAGUAUCAGGAUGAUUUCAUCAAAACAAUUAUUAGGUGUUUCACGGAGAGUGGCAAGAUAUUCAAUGGCCCGUGGGCUAUGCUGUAUAACUCUAUUCCUAUGAUUCGUGGACUACCGCUGCCCUUCAACAAGGCAUUAAAGAACAUGGCGUCUUGUGAGAAUCUUGUCAAAGUUUUGUUGGUGGAGCACAAGAAAACCAGAGUCCCUGGAGAUCCACAAGACUUUGUUGACUGCUACCUGGAUGAACUAGAUGAGAGGGUUGAGGAUGGUUCGUCGUUUUCAGAGGACCGGUUGAUCAUGUAUGCUUUGGAUCUUUACUUUGCUGGGACUGACACAACCUCCAACACUCUUCUUACUGGUUUCCUCUACCUUUCAGCGCACCCACACAUACAAGAGCGCUGUCAGCAGGAGAUAGACUCUGUGUUGGAAGGAAAGGAUCGGGUCAGUUUUGAUGACAGACACAACAUGCCAUUCAUGCAGGCUGUGAUCCAUGAGGUGCAGAGAGUAGCCCACACCAUCCCACUAAGCGUCUUCCACUGUACAACAAAAGACACAGAGGUCAUGGGAUAUUCAAUUCCCAGGGGAACGCUGAUCAUCCCUAAAAUGGGUUCAGUGCUGAAUGAGGAGGGACAAUGGAAACACCCUCACGACUUCAACCCUGAAAACUUCCUCAAUGACAAGGGAGAGUUUGUUAAACCAGAGGCCUUCAUGCCUUUCUCUGCAGGUCCUCGUAUGUGUCUGGGGGAGAGUCUGGCUCGUAUGGAGCUUUUCCUCAUCAUGGUGACGCUGCUGAGGAAGUUUAAGUUCAGCUGGCCUGAGGACGCAGGAGAGCCAGACUACACUCCGGUCUAUGGAGUCACUCAGACUCCCCAACCCUACAGCAUGAAAGUCCAGCUCAGAGCAGCGCAGUAAGGCUGUCUGCAGAAACGGUGGAGAAUGAGCCUGAAUAACACGGACAGCUGUUAAAGGGACAGUUCGGACUUUUGAGAUGGCGAUGUAUGGGGCACUUACUGGUUACAAACACGAGACAGCCAUCAGCACUGCUGGUGUCUGGAGAAUCUGGAUGGAGAGCUGCAACAGAAGAAGACAUCCAGAAGAUAUUCCUGCUUCUUUCAUCAAGUACUUGACAGCUUAAUAGGAGGAAAAUCAUUUCUGCUGCUUUGUUUGAAAAUGUUGCUGAGAUAUUUCAUAAUCUUCAAAAACAUUGUUAAAUAAGAUGAGGAAAAUUAUGCAUGGGUAUUGAGUCAUAUUGCACCAGCUACACUG